GCCGCAGAAUGCAGACAGUCCUCUCUUAAGCCCCUCGGCUCGCUUCUCUUUCCCAGGGUCCCCUCCGCGACUCCGCAAGAGCCUCAGCAAGCCUGGUCUCAAUCUUGCCUCAGUGCUGGAAGCUUCCAACGAACGCCCGUCUCCGGGGUUUGUCAGAGGCAAAGCACAGCGCUUUUGCAGCCUAGAUUAUCUUGGAGACAUCUCCAAGUGGCCAGACUGACAGAGAUAGGCAGACGCGAGGUCAGGGCCUGGCCUGGAAAGCCGCAGCUCCCGGAGCAAAGCAGCGCCUGAAGCUGGCAGCUCUCCUCGACGUGUGCUCUGCUAAUCUGGGAAGAAGAAAGUUUGGUCAGCGCAACCAUGAGCGCACAGCGGGAAAUCAGGACCUUCGGGGUGUGGGACUACCUGGUUUUCGCGGGGAUGCUGUUCAUGUCCGCAGCUAUAGGGGUUUACUAUGCCUUCCGCAGAGGCGGCCAGCAGACCAAGGAAGACUUUCUGAUAGGCGGCCGGAAGAUGACCGCGGUGCCCGUGGCGCUGUCCCUCACCUCCAGCUUCAUGUCCGCCAUCACGAUCCUGGGUAUCCCCUCGGAGAUCUAUCGCUUUGGGGCCAUAUUCUCUCUUUACGCAUUCUCCUAUAUCGUUACGGUCAUCGUCACUGCUGAGAUCUUCCUCCCAGUCUUUUACAAGCUGGGCGUUACCAGCACCUACGAGUAUCUAGAGCUUCGUUUUAACAAACGUAUUCGCCUCUGUGGAACGGUCCUGUUCAUCUUUCAAACAAUUCUGUAUACUGGAGUUGUUAUUUAUGCUCCAGCUCUUGCUAUGAAUCAAGUCACAAGACUCAACUUAUGGGGCACAAUCAUUGCUACAGGAGUGGUCUGUAUUUUCUGCAGUUCAAUGGGUGGAUUCAAAGCUGUUGUCUGGAUACAUGUUUUCCAAGCUGGAAUCAAGCUAGCUGGAUUUUUGGCUGUGAUCAUACAGGGUACUGUGGUCCAAGGUGGCAUCAGUAAUGUCCUAAAUGAUUCCUAUCAUGGAGGAAGAUUAAACUUCUGGGACUUCAAUCCCAAUCCUCUUCAAAGAUACACAUUCUGGACAGUCAUCAUUGGUGGUUCUCUCACAUAUAUCACAAUUUUUGGUAUCAACCCAACCCAAGUCCAGAGGUACAAUUCCUGCAAAAGCCGCUUCCAUGCCAAAAUGUCCCUUUAUAUAAAUCUUAUAGGAUGCUGGGCGAUUCUUGCCUCUACAACAUUGUGUGGUCUUGUCCUUUAUUCAAGAUACCAUGACUGUGAUCCUUGGACAGCAAAGAAAGUGUCAGCACCAGACCAGCUUAUACCCUAUUUAGCAAUGGACAUUCUGCAAGAUUACCCAGGACUCCUAGGACUCUUUUUGGCAUGUGUAUAUAGUGCAACUUUGAGCACUGUGUCUGCCAGUAUUAAUACUUUAGCUGCAGUAACAAUCUCAGACCUCAUCCAACCCCACUUUCCAUCAGUUUCAGAAAAGACUUGGCUUUGCAAAGUGACAAGUUUGCUAUAUGGAUCCCUGGCUAUUGGAAUGGCGGCCAUGACAUCACUCAUGGGAGGUUUGUUACAGGUAGUGCUCAGCAUCUUUGGUGUGAUUGGUGGACCCCUUUUGGGCUUGUUUUCUUUGGGCAUUUUGGUUCCCUUUGCUAACUCAAUGGGGGCAUUUGUAGGACUCACUACAGGAUUUGCCAUUUCCCUUUGGGUUGGAAUUGGAGCUCAGCUUUAUCCUCCCCUUCCAGAGAGAAGUUUACCACUGAGCCUCAUUAUAGAUGGUUGUAACUUAACUAACUUUAGUCAACAGAGGAACUGGACCCUGACUACAGGAGCAUCAUUUUCUCCAAAUGCUUUUCAAGUUCACAAUGAGGAAAGGACACCUCUGAUGGAUAACUGGUAUUCCCUUUCAUUCAUGUACUUCAGCACUGUUGGAACAUUGGUCACUGUAUUUGUGGGAAUAAUUGCUAGCCUUCUAACAGGAGGAAGGAAACAGAGCAUAGAUGAUAGAUUCCUACUAACCAAAGAGGACUUUUUAUCGAACUUUGACUUUUUCAAGAAGGAAAAACGAGUUUUAAGCCACCCACUUCAUGAGAUUGGAAAUGGUGGCACUAAAAUACGUCUGACUUCAAUCAACCAACGAAUCAAUCAACAUGAACUCUUUAAGGGAUAACAACAGUUAAAUCUCUGUUAGUGUGAAUAAUGAAUCUAUUCAGUGGUCACAUUAUUUGAAUCUUCAUUGUAGAUUUCCACUGGAUUGGAACCAAUAAACAUUAUUACAUAUACUUAUUAAUUCAAAUAAUGCAAGUUUAGAAAAUGUGUAUUUUCAAUAAUUAAGACUGAGGCAGGAGUUUCAAGAUAUUGAUAUGCAAAGACAAAUGUAAACCUGCUCUCAAGGGAGCUCUAGCCCUCAACCACUUCAAAACAAACUUUAUAGAUGAUGAUGAAAAAAACCAGAGGGUAUGCUUUUGAGAAAACUUAUACCAGGUAGAUAAGCAUUUAUUAAAUCCCUAUCAUGUGCCAGGCACUGUGUACAGUGCUUUUUAAAGGCAAAAACAAAACAGUUUCUGCCCUCCAGGAUUUUACAUUUUUGGGGUGUGUGGAAAUUCAGAGUAUACCCACAUGUGGAUUUUCAGCAUUUAACUGGAUUAUGAAAUAUAUAUAUGUGUGCAUAUAUAUAUAUAUUCUUUAUGUAUUUAGGUAAUUUAGGUAAUUAAUGCUUUAAAAAGUCAUGAUAGGAUGAAGGGGAAACUGAUUUUGGAGUUACAAGACUUGGGUUUGAGUCUCUGACAGUUCCUAGUGCUGAAAGAGGGACGAUCUCUUUGGUGAGGCUCUCUGACCUGGACUUAGUUAAUUUAUUUAUGCAAUGUUUUCUACCUCCUUCCUACAUUUCCCUCUUUUGUGGUAGAGGUUUCAACCCAAGAACUAUGUGACAGUCUGGGAAGUUGCAGAGAUUUCUCAUCCACAACAGGGGAGAAAUUUCAGGAGGCUUGAAACCUUGAAGACAAGAGAUUCUGGGAGAUGGAUUGAUCUCUCAGCCUUUAGAUAGCAAAGGGGAAGUCUGAUUUAAGACUGUGUCCUAAGCCAGAGACUCAUCUCUCUCCUGAUAUCUGAACACCAUUCCCCACAGAUCCCAACUAGAAAGGGAAGAACCAGAGAAAAGAUAAGAAGCAGCUCAACAAAAUUUCUCACAGCUCCUGGUGCCCUGGGUCUGUACUUUUGCUUUGUUGUGGCCAAAGACCCAGGUCCCUCAUAUCUGAACCUCUUGGGGCUCAGGGCUGCCAAAGCCUGAAUUCCCCCAAACUUUUUUUUGGGGGGAGAUAUAGUAGGCAGGGACUUCCUUUUCCCCCUCUUUCCUUUUAAACCCUAAUCCCUUCAGCCAUUUUCCUGGUUCCUCUGACUAACUAUUUAGAAAUAAAAGAUUGUUACCCUUUUCCAACUUGCUCCAGAGUGAGUGAAAAGAAUAACUAACUGAGGGAGAACUCAGACAAUAGAGGGAAGUAGAGAGGCAGACUGGGUGGGAAGCCAAAGCUGAGGGAGGCUGAAAGGGGGGAAACAUAGAUUCUCUUCUCUCCCCCUCCUGUGACCUGCCCUGAGAGGGAGGGGAUUCCAUCUUCUCUCCCUCUCCUUUACCAUCAGAUGUACCCAGUAUUACACUUUACUAUCUCUACCCAAUUGUAAUAAAGCUUCUAAAGCUACUAACAUCCUCAUGACUUAAGAGUUAAUUUUCUAAAUGGUGACCACAACAAUUCUUUAUUGUUGACCACUCAAUUUUAACUAUUGUAUUAGAUAGGUGAAAAUUAUUUAACUGUACCGAGCCCUCAAUUUCUUCAUCUGUAAAAUGAAGAUAUAAUACCUACCUUAUAGAGCUCUUGUGAGAAGAGUGCUUUCUUUGUAAACCUUGAAGCACAAUAGAAAUGUGAGCUAUUAUCAUUACCAUGAAACAAAAAAUAAAAUUGUCUUUUGGUGAUUUUUAAA